AUGUCGCGACUGAAUCAAGAUCCAGAAAAGACGGGUUUCAACUGCGCGGGAUGUCGUCGUCCGGAUGACGACGAAAGUGAGAUGGUGUUUUGUGACCAUUGCCAACGUUGGUACCAUUUCGGGUGCGCCGGUGUUUCGGCUGAAGUGAGGGAUGUUUCGUGGUCCUGUGAAGAGUGUCUGCGGCGAUCGGCGGACAAAGAGGGGCCUCCCGGCCUGGAAGAGGAGUGCGAGAAACUCGAGAAGGAGAUGGAGAAGGAGAGACAGGCCAUGGAACUGCAAACGAUCCUACACAGGAAGCGGCUGGAACACCAAAAGAAGCUGUUUCUGCUGCGGCAGGAAGCGGAAAGAGAAAGGCGCGAAAUGGAGUUGGCGUACGAGAAGGAGCAAAUGGAGCUACAAGCGGCCGAAGAAGAAGCGCACAGGAAGAAGCGCGACGAAGUGCUGAAGCAGGUGCAGAAAAGGCUGGAGAAAGUGAAGCUCGAUUCGGCGAGGGAAGAGGUAGCGGAACUGGAGGAAGAUGGAGCAUCCGGAGGCGAAAAAGGAGGAGCCAAGGAAGGUAGGAAGUCCAAGCAAGCGAAGCCGGGGAUGAAACAGCCGGAAGAAGAGGAGCCUGAGAAGCGAAAGUCGGGCAAAUCGGACCGGAAACUAGCUAAACCGGCCAAAGCAGACCGCGAGGAUUACCGUGGAGCCUUCAGCAAGUUCUCCACACCGAAGGCAUCUGGAAUUGCACCACCCGUCCUGCAGGACAUAACCUCGCUCCCAGCGGUGAGCCACAAGAAAACUCCGCUCGGCCAUCCGGAGGUGCAGAAGAAGAAGAAGAGGCCACAGUUCGAAGAAGACGUCGCUCUACGCUCGUACCAAGUCAGCGAACCAAGUGAAGAGGAGUCCGAAGAAUCUGAUUCAGAGUCGGAAGAAGAGAGUUCGUCGCAGGAAGAAGACUUCGGAAUGCAAUCCGAGGUAAUGGUGCGUGGUCCAACGAAGGCCCAACUCUCCGCUCGGCAGUUUCUGUCAAAGAAGCUUCCGACAUUCACGGGGCGGCUCGAGGAAUGGCCGAUGUUUAUCAGCGCCUACGAGACGUCCACAACGGCGUGCGGGUUUUCGAACGUCGAGAAUCUGGCGCGACUUCAAGAGUGUUUGAAGGGUCAAGCACUAGAAGCGGUAAGAAGCAGGCUCCUACUUCCGAGUGCAGUACCUCAAAUCAUCAAAACCUUGCGGAUGCUGUACGGCAGGCCUGAGCAGUUGCUGAACAUUCUGCUGUCGAACGUGCGGAAGGCACCGUCUCCAAGAGCGGACAAGUUGGCGUCGUUCAUCCAGUUCGGUGUCGUCGUGCAGCAGUUAACCGAUCAUUUGGAGGCGACAGGUCUGACAGCGCAUCUCAUCAACCCGAUGCUCAUCCAGGAGUUGACGGAGAAGUUGCCGGCCAGUACGCAGCUGGAAUGGGUGCGGUAUCGGAGGAAGGCCCAACUCGUGACGCUCCGGACAUUAUCCAACUUUCUCUCGAGGAUUGUCAAGGAUGCUAGCGAGAUCACUCCGUAUUGCGAGUCGGCGUCCGUCGCAUCGGACCAAGCGUUCCGGAAGAAGAACGGAAGGAAGGAGAAGGAAGGUUUCCUGCACACGCACAGUGUCGAAGCCAGUGCAGCCAUUCAAGUCCCGAGUCGGGAGAAGAAGCCGUGCAGGAUCUGCGGUCGCUACGAUCAUCGGAUCCGGAACUGUGAGAGCUUCAAAAGGCUGCGAUUGCCUGAAAGAUGGGAGGCGGUCCGGAAGUGGAAGCUGUGUUACCUGUGCCUCAACGAACACGGAAGCGCCCGAUGCAAGCUCAACCUGCGAUGCAACGUGAACCAGUGCACCGAGCGACAUAAUCCGCUGCUUCACAUCGACCAAUCCGUUGGCGCGAACUGCAACGUGCAUCUCCAUCGACAGUCGGUGAUUUUCCGGAUGAUACCGAUCACGUUGUACAACGGGAAGAAUGCUAUCGAUACCAUCGCUUUCCUUGACGAGGGGUCGUCGUAUACGCUACUGGAGAAGUCGCUGGCGAUUGCGUUACAAGUCCAAGGAGUGACGCAGCCGCUUAGAGUGACAUGGACAGCGGGAGUAUCCAGAGUGGAGAAACAUUCCCAGAAGGUGGAGCUAUUCAUCUCGGCCAGAGGAGCGACGCAGCGUUUCCGCAUCAAGGCAGCUCAUACGGUGGAGAGUUUGAAGUUGCCACAGCAAAACGUGGCUAUGUCGGAGAUCAUCAGUGGGCAUUCUCACCUGCGUGGACUUCCAGCGACCGAAUUUCCGAGUGGAGCUCCACAAAUCCUCAUCGGUCUCAAGGAUAUCCAUCUCUACGCCCCGCUGGAAUCAAGGAUUGGUAAGCCUGACGAACCGAUCGCCGUCCGAUCGAAGCUAGGCUGGACGAUCUACGGGCCGACGUGUGCAAGCCGGAACGAGCCCGGCAUUGUUGGUCACCAUGAUUGCGAAACGGUGACGAAUCAAGAGUUGCACGACAUGUUGCGAAGCCACUACACCCUGGAAGAGUCGGUGAUUUCCGUAGCGCUACUGCCGGAAUCCGAAGAAGACAAGCGAGCGAAGGCGAUCCUCAACAGUACGACCGUACGAGUUGGCGACCGUUUUGAGACGGGGCUAUUGUGGAAGGAGGACAAGGUGCGGUUUCCCGACAGCUAUUCGAUGGCGGCGAAACGAUUCCGCUGUCUGGAGAGGCGGCUAGCGAAAGACGACCAGCUGCGCAAGAAGGUGAGCGAGCUGAUCAACGAUUAUGCAGCGAAAGGCUACAUUCACGUAGCGACAGAGGCCGAACUGAGGCGGUUCGAGCCGAACGAAGUGUGGUACCUGCCGAUCAGCGUGGUGGUGCAUCCAAAGAAGCCGGGAAAAGUGCGUCUGGUGUGGGACGCAGCAGCGGCGGUCAACGGAGUAUCGCUGAACUCACAACUGCUGAAGGGACCGGACAUGUUAACUCCGCUCCCCAACGUCCUAGCGAAAUUCCGUGAGCGAGUAGUAGGCUUCGGCGGCGACAUCAAGGAAAUGUACCUCCAAGUUCGAGUGCGAGACGCAGACAAGAGAGCGCGGUUUGUAUUCCGUGGAAGUGAGUCAGAGAAGAUGGAGGUCUACAUCAUAGACGUGACGAUGUUCGGCGCGACAAGCUCUCCGUGUACGGCGCAAUACAUCAAGAACCGGAACGCAGAAGAGUAUGCCGGACAGUUUCCGGAAGCGGCCGAAGCGAUUGUGGAAAACCAUUACGUGGACGACUAUUUCGAUAGCACGGACACGGUCGAAGAAGCGGUGAAGCGGGCCCAAGAGGUGAAGUUCGUCCAUUCCAAAGGCGGAUUCGAGAUCCGGAACUGGGUGUCCAAUUCGGGCGCAUUUCUGGGAGGCAUCGGCGAGCGUGCACCUGAUCAAAGCGUUCAGUUUCUUCAGAACAAGGAGUCAAAUCUAGAGCGAGUCCUGGGAAUAGUGUGGAAUCCAGUCAGCGACGAAUUCACGUUCCUGGCCAAGUUCCGGGAAGAUCUGGCGCCGUAUUUCUCCGGCGAACGUCGACCGACAAAAAGAGUGGUGAUGAGCAGCGUUAUGAGCCUGUUCGAUCCGCUAGGAAUGCUGGCUACCUUCGUUAUCCACGGGAAAAUGAUGAUCCAAGAUCUGUGGCGUAGUGGCAGCGACUGGGACCAACCAAUCGACGACGAAAGCUGCGAAAAGUGGGAUCGGUGGAUUGCUCGGCUCCCGGAGAUCGAGAACGUGAAAAUUCCCCGUUUCUACUUCGAAGGUUCGAGGUCAGUGGAUUACAACACUGUACAGCUUCACGUGCUGGUAGACGCCAGCCAAGAUGCGUAUGGAGCAGCAGCGUACUUCCGUGUGCUCACGGGAAACGGGCCAGUUUGCGCGCUGGUGAUGGCGAGGUCGAAGGUAGCUCCAUUAAAGAUGAUGUCUAUCCCGAGGCUGGAGCUGCAGGCGGCGGUGAUCGGAUCAAGGUUGCUGCAAACCGUCGUGGAAGCGCACUCGCUGGAAAUCAAGCAGCGGUUCAUCUGGUCAGAUUCCAGAACAGUCGUAUCAUGGAUCCAUUCGGAGCAGCGUAGAUACUAA